AUGACAAUGUUUGAAUUAAAUAAAAUAAUAAGAAUUCCUUUUGAUUUGAUUUUCUGUGAUUUUAUUAAGCAAAUUAAAUAUGGUGCGGCUAUUCUCAACAAAAAACAUAACAAAAAAAUUUUCAAAGAAAAUCAGCAGAAAAUGUCUUUUAAAACAGAUUUGAUUGAUAGCAGUUUAGACAUUUUAAACGAUUUGAUUAGAAAUAAAUUUUUCCUUACUCAAAAAAUUAGAAAUCGUUAUUAUUAUAUGGAUCUCUUGAUUCACUAUGAUAUGGAAGAAAUAAUAGAUAAUUCUCAAAUUCCUUUGACUAGAACGGGUAAAAUUUAUAAAACAAACUCAGAUGGAAAACUUUGGUAUAAUAAUCAUCCCAGAAAUGGUGAAAAUAUUUCUGUCCAAAUAUUUGAGACAAAGACAAAAAUACAAAUUGAAUCAGAUAUACCUAUGGCAAUUGUUGAAUUUAUUGAGGAAGUUAAAAAUGAAAGAGAGGAAUUGGAAGAGAUGAAUGAAGCGGAUGUUAAGAAAAGAUGGUAUGAAGUAAUUAUUGAAGAAGUAAAAUAUAAACAUAAUAAUGAAGUUGGUGAGAAAUUAAGACAGAUAGAAACAAAAUACGGAGGUAAAGGAUUAAAAUAUGAAAUCUAUAAGUUCAAAGUAAUAAAUAAGAUUCAAAACGAACAGAAUAAAAUAUUGGAAGAAAAGAUUAAGAAUAUAAAAAUCGAAAAUGAUAAAUUAUUUGAAAAAGGGCUAUUAAACAUAGAAGAAGAACAUGAAAAGUUUUUGAAAAAAUAUGACGAUUUUAUUGUUGAAUUAAAAGAAAGAUGGUUUAUAGCCGUCUUUUAUCAAGUACUUAAAUACAAAAGCGAAGGCAAAAAGAAGGUGACAAUAGAAUUAAGUAGAGAAAAAGAAGGGGAAGCAAGUAGUAGUAAUGUUGCAGCAAAUGAGGAAGAACAAGACGAACAUAUUCUUUAUUUUGACAAAAACAGUUUUAGAAAGACAUUUGUGGAAAAAAUUUAUGGAAAAGAAGAUAAUGUAACAUUAGUUAAAGAAAAAAGAGAUUCAGGAAUUCUUGUGAGUAUAAACGAUGAAAAUACUACAGACAAGAUAAAUGGAGGUAAGUUAUUUCUACAUAAAAUGAGGGGGAUAGAUACGCAUUCCGACGAGUAA